AUGAGACACAAGAAUUAUGUGAUAUUGCUUCUUUUGUUGCUAUCGACCUCUGCUAGUCAAGGUUUUUAUGUUCCUGGUGUAGCGCCGAAUGAAUUCAAGAUUGGGGAUGUAAUUGAAGUUAAGGUAUUGUCGUUUUUCAUGUUCCAUUUGUUCUUUUCGUGUUCUAAAAAAAAGUUCUACUAUUCAGGGUAUAAAAUUAACGAGCAUCAAGAGUGUGGUCCCAUAUGAGUACUACAGCUUGCCGUUCUGCAAGCCUAAUGGGCAGGUUCAUUACAAAUCUGAAAACCUUGGGGAAGUCAUGAGAGGCGACCGGAUUGUCAACACGCCCUUCGAUGUUUACAUGAAGACAGAUAGUAAAUGCCAAACAUUAUGCCCAGCCAACAAGGAGAAAAAGACGUUGACCGUAGAAGAAACAAACUUGCUAAUCAGGAGAAUUCAUGAAGAUUAUCAUGUGCAUUUGUGAGUUUCUUGAAGCCUCGGUUAGUUACUCUUUAGACUGGUCGACAAUUUGCCCUGCGCUACAAUGUAUGAAGUGCCCGAAAAGCCAGGAGAAUAUUUUUAUGACAAUGGCUACAGAAUUGGAUGGACUGAAGGGGAAAAGACUUAUGUAUAUAAUCAUCUGGAACUGGUUCUCAAAUACCACGAACCCACUGCAGGAGUACACAGAGUAGUCGGCUUCGAAGUUAGACCAAAGUCUAUCAAUGCCGACUCUUUCGAAAUUAGUGGAGAUCGAGUAAGUUCAUUGUUUUAUAUUUAGCUCUUGUAGAAAUGUUCCAUUGGAGCUUCUCCCUCCUUCCAAGAGUUGAAAAAGGAUAGUGAGAACACUAUUGUGUGGAGUUACAGUGUGAAAUGGGAGGAGUCUUCUGUUCCUUGGGCCAGCCGGUGGGACAUCCUGCUGAAGAGUACUGACGUCCAGAUCCAUUGGUUCUCCAUCCUCAACUCUCUUGUAGUUGUUGCUUGCUUGGCCGGGUUCUUGAGUGUCAUUAUUAUCAGGACCGUCAGGAAGGAUAUCUCGAAAUAUAAUCGUGCGGAUGACCUGGAAGACGCUUUGGAAGAAACCGGGUGGAAAUUGGUUCAUGCCGAUGUCUUCAGACCACCGAGAUAUCACAUGCUUCUGGUCAAUUUUGUUGGAACUGGAAUACAAAUUAUUGGAAUGGUUGUGGUUACAGUUAGUAAGUAAUUUUUAAAAGUUAUUCUGUCUUUGGGACUGUAGUAAAAUAUGAUUUAUUAUAGCUUUUGCCAUGCUUGGUAUGUUGUCGCCGUCCAGUAGGGGAUCUUUGACGUCGGUGGCCAUCUUCCUCUACUGUUUUAUGGGCUUGGUUGCUGGAUAUCAUUCCGGACGUUUGUAUAAGACCUUCAAGGGAGAAAAACCAAGAAGUUGUGCCUUCAGAGUAAGUAGAAAAGAGUUUAAUAAUAAUAGUUUGUAUCGUUUAGACGGCUACCCUGUUCCCAACGGUUGUUUUGGGCACUGGAUUCGUGAUUAACUUCUUUUUGAUUGGAAAACACUCUUCUGGAGCUGUAAGUCUUUCAUGGAGAUUGUUUAUAUGUUCAGAUUCCGUUCACAACGAUGAUUGCUCUUUUAUUCUUAUGGCUGGGGAUUGAUCUUCCUCUUGUCUUCAUCGGAUUCCAUUUCGGAUAUAGAAAGCAACCUUACUCUCAUCCAGUGCGGACUAAUCAGAUUCCCCGUCAAGUCCCAGAUCAGCCAUGGUAUCUGAAGACUUUGCCUUGUGCUCUGAUCGCUGGAGUUCUUCCAUUCGGUGCUGUCUUCAUUGAAUUGUAUUUCAUCUUCUCAGCCAUCUGGGAGAAUCAAUUCUAUUAUCUGUUCGGCUUCCUUUGGCUGGUUGUGGGAAUUUUAUUUGUCUCCUGCACCCAGAUCGCCAUUGUGGUCACCUACUUCCAGUUGUGUGCGGAGAAUUACCAUUGGUGGUGGAAGUCGUUUAGUGUCAGCACUGGGUCAGCUCUUUAUGUAUUCGCCUACUCGGUGUACUAUUACUACACCAAGGUAAGCACACUUUUGUGUGGAGUUAGAAGGUGUAAUGUUUUUAUUUUAGCUCUCAAUCGAAGGAUUUGUUCCGACUUUGCUCUACUUUGUGUACAGUUCUCUCAUCUCCAUCACCUUCGCCGUUCUCACUGGAACGGUGGGCUUCUAUGCCGCGUACUUCUUUCUGCGACGUAUAUAUGGUGCCGUUAAAGUGGAUUGA